UCCACAUCCACUAGCUACGUACUAGACACACGCACACAGGACAGAGAUAGAGAGAGUGUGUGUGUUUGUGUUUUCCGUCUACUUUAGAUCCACGUACGUACGCACUAGCUAGCUAGCUAGCAUCGAAGAUGAGCUUCGCGGUGAGCAAGUGCCCGCCGGUAAUGGUCCGCCCGUCCAUGGAGCCGGCUCUGGGGAAGACGCAAGUGGUGCAGCUCUCGUCCUGGGACAGGAGCUACGUGGGCUUCCAGGUCGCGGCGCUCCUCAUCUUCGACGGCCCCGUCCACCAGCCCGUGGAGGCCAUCAAGAAGGGCCUCUCCCGGGCGCUCGUCCACUACCAGACCGUCGCCGGCCGCCUUGCCGCGGCCGAUGACGACGACGACGACAGCGUUCUCCACGUCGCCUGCACCGGGGAUGGUGUGCCCUUCGUGGCCGCGUCGGCGGGUUGUGCCCUGCAGGACCACGGCCUCCUCGACGCGCCCGUCUCCACGAGUCUCCUUGAUGGGCUCGCCUUGUGCUACGCUGCCGCGGAAGGCUGCCGGCGCACCGACCCGCUGCUGCUCAUGCAGGUCACCGAGUUCGCCUGCGGCGGGUUCACCGUCGGGGUCACGUGGAACCAUACGCUGGCUGAUGGCGACGGCAUGGCGCAGUUCCUGCAGGCCGUCGGCGAGCUCGCCCGCGCUGAAGCCGAUGAUGUCUUGGUGCCGUCCGUUGCACCGGUGAGGGACGGCCGCGCGGUGUCCCUGCCGCUGCUCUCGCCGCCGGUGGUCGCCGCAAAGCAGUGGCUGAUGCUGGACCGCGGCGGCAUGGGCCUCGUCUACCUGGACAUCACCGUCCCGGUCAAGCUCAUCAACCGCAUCAAGUCCGAGUACAAGGCCGCCCACGCCGAUGACGGUGGGUACUGCACGACGUUCGAGGCGGCGGUGGCUGUCCUGUGGAGGUGCCGCACCCGGGCGCUCAUCGGCGGCGAUCCGGACUACGACAUGUCCACGCCGGCGCCGCUGGCCUUCUUCGUGAACGUGCGCAAGCACGUUGGCGCGGCGGCAGGGUACUACGGAAACUGCGCGGUGGCGCAGCUGGCCUUGGCGACGACCGGGGAGGUGGCCGGCGCCGGGGAUGGCGGCAUGAACGAUGUGGUGGACCUGAUCAAGCGCGCCAAGGACCGGGUCCCGGAGCUGCUGCGGAACAUGGGGGGCGGCGGAGGUGCCGUGCCGGAGAUGGGAGUGGAAGAGAUGGCAGCGGCCUUCGGGUACAACGCGCUGAUGGUGACCAGCUGGCGGAACAUCGGCUUCGACCGCGCAGACUUCGGCGGCGGCCCGCCGGCGAGGGUGGUCGGACGGUGGCAGCAGUCGACGGUGCCGGGGUGCAUGGCGUUCCUCUCCUGCAGGGCCACGGCGGCCGACGGCGAGCGGCUGCUGACGCAGUGCGUCAGGGAGGAGCACGCCGCGGCGUUCGUCGCGGAGCUGGACCAGCUCGCACAUGCACAUGCACCGUCGUACGCCUCAGCCCUCAGUAUGCAACUGAUGAACUGAAUUGUUGGUACGUAGGUAGCAGAUUGUCACGUGCAUAUGUUGCCGUUGAGUUAGUCCGAUCCAGGUGAAUAAUGCUGCGUUUGUGUUGAGGGAUGGAGGGUGCCCUAGUCUAUUCUAUGAAUGAAUAUUUUAUACUAUAUAAUAGGACCUUAUUUGUGAAUCAUGCAACGAUGUAUAUUUAGAAUUUUAAUUAAGGUAUGAUUUUUGCAGAAAAGUUUUUAAA